CAUCUAUCUCACAAGAUGACUUCAGUCAUACCUGAAAGUGCACUGCUUAUUUUUCUUGGCCUUCUGUUGGGAGGCAUAGUAUGGGCUGCAGAUCACAGCGCCUCAUUCACGCUGACACCAACGGUCUUCUUCUUCUACCUGCUGCCACCCAUUGUCUUAGAUGCAGGAUACUUCAUGCCAAACCGACUCUUCUUUGGAAACUUGGGCACUAUCCUGAUGUAUGCAGUCAUUGGAACAGUAUGGAAUGCUGCUACCACUGGCCUCUCUCUGUAUGGGGUGUUCCUGACAGGAGCAAUGGGUGACCUUAAGAUUGGAGUGCUGGACUUCCUGUUGUUUGGUAGUCUCAUUGCUGCUGUUGACCCUGUGGCUGUCCUGGCUGUCUUUGAGGAGGUCCAUGUAAACGAAGUGCUGUUCAUCAUAGUAUUUGGGGAAUCUCUACUAAAUGAUGCUGUCACUGUGGUGUUGUACAAUGUAUUUGAUUCCUUUGUUGCAAUUGGGGGAGAAAACGUUACAGGAGAAGACUGUGUCAAAGGCGUAGUAUCGUUCUUUGUUGUCAGUUUGGGAGGAACUUUAAUUGGCAUUAUCUUUGCCUUCCUUCUCUGCCUUGUCACACGCUUCACAAAGCAUGUAAGGAUCAUCGAACCUGGUUUUGUAUUCGUCAUUGCCUACCUGUCAUACCUUACUUCAGAAAUGCUGUCGCUGUCUGCUAUUUUAGCUAUUACAUUCUGCGGUAUUUGCUGCCAGAAAUAUGUUGCUGCUAAUGUAUCGGAACAGUCUAGUACCACUGUGAGGUACACAAUGAAAAUGCUGGCCAGUGGCGCUGAAACCAUUAUCUUCAUGUUCCUCGGAAUUUCUGCCGUCGAUCCAAACAUCUGGACAUGGAAUACUGCCUUCAUCCUGCUAACUUUACUCUUCAUAAGUGUAUACAGAGUGAUAGGUGUCAUCUUGCAGACAUGGCUCUUAAACCGGUACAGAAUGGUGCAGUUAGAAAUAGUAGACCAGGUGGUGAUGAUGUACGGUGGCCUGCGUGGUGCUGUUGCCUUUGGACUAGUAGCACUUCUGGAUCAAAAUAAAGUAAAAGAAAAAAAUCUCUUUAUGAGCACAACUAUCAUUGUGGUGUACUUUACCGUUAUACUCCAGGGACUAACAAUAAAGCCAUUGGUACAGUGGUUGAAGGUAAAGAGAAGUGAGCACAAAGAGCUGGUUUUGAAUGUAAAACUGCAAAGCCGGGCAUUUGAUCAUAUACUGUCUGCGAUUGAAGAUAUCUCUGGACAGAUUGGACACAAUUAUUUGAGAGACAAAUGGACUAGCUUUGACCGAAAAUACUUAAGUAAAUUACUUAUGAGGAAAUCCGCCCAGAAGAGCAGGGAAGGUAUCAUCCACGCUUUUCAUGAACUGAAUCUCAAGGAUGCCAUCAGUUAUGUUUCUGAGGGAGAACGCAGAGGGUCUCUGGCGUUUAUCCGCUCAGCAAGUACUGAUCAAUUGGUCAAUGUGGAUUUUGACAGCCCUUCAAAAUUAAAGAAUUCUGAUACCAUUUCAAAUAUGCUGAGAGACCGCACCAGUGAUGUAUGUCUGGAUGUGCAGAUCCCAGAAGAUAAGGAAAAACAUAUCUCAGGCACAGACACUGAUACUAACCAUAUCAUUCAGCAAUAUCUCUACAAACCCCGUCAAGAGUACAGGUACAGGUACAGUCGACACGGACUGCCUCAAAAUGAAGAUGAGAUGCAAGACAAAGAGAUUUUUGCAAGAACAAUGAAACAGCGACUAGAUUCAUUCAAGACUGCUAAAUAUGGAGUUUCGUAUCCCAGGAACUUAAAAAAUUACAGAAAAGAUCGAACAACUAGAAGGAGAUACAGCACUGAUGUACCAAAUGGCAGCCUACCCGUAGAUACAUCAACAUAUGGUCCAGCUCCCCUAUAUGAAGAUUUGGAACACACAUUUCAGAAUUAUACCGGUUCUCCACACGAUGGCAGUAUUAGCUUUGUAGUGCCUUCCUCACAGCAGGCAACACAUGACCAGUAUUCAGGUUACAGUAAUCCAGCAUUUGUAGAUUAUGGAGACAAACCUGCUGUCCUGCCAUGGAAAUCCAUUGAUGAUGAAGCAGCUCCAUCUCAGAGGGCUCAGAACCAGAUACCAUACUCCCCAAACAACAUACGACGUCUCAGCUUGUUACGGAUCAGUACUAGAUCAGUAGAUUCUUUUUCAGAAGCAGAUAUCCCUGAAGAUCAGAGGGCGUCACUGCCAUCAAAGACAACACAGAUGUAACACUGUCUCAGAAAACUGCCUUUGGAGAAGGGACCAAGCAAAUGAAACUGCUGAUGAUUCUGAGAGAUCUGUAAGGACAGUUUCAGUUUGUCUUUCAAGACCUUGGCCCCCAAAUUAUUCAUCAUUUGGUAACACAGAAAAAACAAAUCCUUCAGCAAUUUCAGGCUGUAUAGCAGGAAAAAGCCACAAUGCUCCUGACUCGUAUGUAAAGAUAUCCUCUUCUGCUGCUUCAAAUGGAACAAUGAAUUCUGGGUACCUUAGUGGAACAGGAAGUGAACGGCAUAGCCCUAGAAAAAGAUGUCAUGUUGCUACAGAUGAAUCAAAUGAAGCUGCCUGUUCAAGGGAUACUCAGGAACAAAAACCAUUACUUACUGCACACGUUCACUUUAGUUCUGCAGCAGCAAGGCGUGUUCACAGUCGACGAUCUUUUCACAGGCCUAAACCACUGAGGCACCCUAAACUUCAAAAACUGAGAUCUCUUCCACAUUCUUGUCAUAUUCCCCCACAUUCUUUAGAGCAGGAAGAAACACAGUUCUGAGCUUUGAAGAAUUCAUAACUGCAUUUGUCACAAGAAAACAAUCAGCUUGAAUAUUUCUAUGUGCAAUGCUUAUUUUUAUAAAGCACACUUACCAAAAUCCCUUCAUUAAAUAUGCAUAGAAUAUCACUGACAACCUUAUCAGUUUUAUGAAGACAUUUUGAGUAUGAUCUGAAACUUAUAUAAAAUCCAUUUUUCAAAUAUUUAGAUAAUUUAAUUUUAUUUGGUAUAUUUCUGGUGUGGAAAGUUUCUAGAUCAAAAAACUGGAUUAUUAAAAUACUGAAGUACCACUGUAUAAAAUGUAAAUUUGAAUUAACAUUUAUGUGAUUUAUUUGCACAGCUUUCUUUUUAAGGCAGUCAUAUGUCUUUCCUCACUGGGUUAUUAUUAUUAAUUAAUAGUUAUGCAAUAAGAUGUUUAAAUGGACUGUUGUUAAAUUAA